CACAGACUGUACGACGAAGAGAAAAGUCCCCCUCCCUCCCCUCACAGACACAACGAGGGAGGGGGCGGGGAGGGGGUGACCGGUGACGUCAGCUGCCCAUGCUGUCAUUAUUGACGUCUCGCAUUCCAGCCGCUCCACGGGGAGACCGCUAGGGUUCCUCUCUCAUAAAUGAUGCUCACUCACACAGUGCUGCGACCGGACGGCUCGGACACAGAGCUCCUCCGCAUCUUCCCCAUCCUUACACAUCCCUAUACACGGAGCCCUCUUCCCAUUCAUCUCUAUAGGAACAAGCCGGAUUUUCACUCAACACAACGACAACUUUUUCCAUUUCUUUUCCGAUCUUUGUCAUUUAUUUUUUUGUUUGUUUUUAUUUUUUUGUUUGCUUUCUAAAGACAUUUCCUACUGCAGUGUAAAGACGGAAUCGUCACAGCAAGCAAACUGACAAUGCUGCUGUCCAAAAGUGUCUCCAUUGCUUCUCCAUCCAGAGAGGAGACAUGCUAAGACAUGAAGUGUGUUACUGGCUGGAUCACCAGGUGAAAAUAAAGGAAACAAGCCUAAAAAAGAAGACGAAUGCAGCCACCACAUCUAAUGAUUGGUUGCAGGUCGAAGGAACCACCAUCACAAAGCACAGACAAAGGCAAGCCUAAUCCAAUUUAUUCCGAUACUGUUUUUUCUCAAGAUCAUCUUCUAUCCUGCCUGCAAAAUACUUCCACCAUUGAGCAAGAACGAUUCCAUCCAGAUAUGCCCUGCAUACAGUAUAAUCCCACUCCACCUGGUUCCACUUACAUUACCCAGGUCUGUGGUCAUGCCUCUGAUUUCAGUUCAGAAAUGAUGAAUUCUGCAAGUACAAAAUGUAACAUGGAACUAAGGAGUACAGAGAUUACUGCUUCUGCAACUACAUCCUUGCCAAGCUUUAGUACUUUUAUUGAGGGGUAUUCUGGAAGCUAUGAAUGUAAACCUUCGUGCUUGUACCAAAUACAAGCAUCCGGACAGAGGCCACUGAUAAAAAUGGAAAAUCCCAGUUUAUCCAGUUACCAAGGUUCAGCUACACAGCAAACAGAAGAUGCUUUGCCAAGCACAUCAGUGUAUUUUAAAACAUCUCCACCAUCAACUCCAACUACACCAGGCUAUUCUACUCACAAAUCGCCACAGUGGGAAGACACGCAUGCCUUGCCAGGUACUCAUUCUUGCAUGACUCCUAGUAACUUGAUGGAGACUUCACAUAGAACUCUUUCUCCACGUUUUCCAAUUUUCCGCUUUAAGAAUUCUCCUUCUCAUACUCCACUGUAUAACCCUCAGGUGUGCUAUGAAUCUUCUCAUAACAUGUCAGCAGGUCUUCCAGGAGACUCAACACAAAUAUCAGUGGAGUCCUUGUCAUUUAAUUUACCCAUGGCAAAGGUGUCAAAUCUUGUCUUUUCUCCUCUCGCAACUUGCCAAGCUAUUAACAUGGUAGGUGAGGGCAGUAUUCCAUCACCACCCAGCAGAAGCUCCUCAACUGGGGAGGGAUCAUGCGCAGUAUGUGGAGAUAAUGCAGCCUGUCAACACUAUGGAGUUAGGACAUGUGAGGGAUGUAAAGGCUUCUUCAAGAGAACAGUGCAGAAAAAUGCAAAAUAUGUAUGUCUGGCAAACAAAACUUGUCCAGUGGACAAAAGAAGAAGAAACCGCUGCCAGUACUGCAGAUUUCAAAAAUGCCUCAGUGUUGGCAUGGUUAAAGAAGUUGUAAGAACAGACAGUCUGAAAGGAAGAAGAGGAAGACUUCCAUCUAAACCAAAAAGCCCUUCUCAUCAAGAAUCAUCUCAAAGGAGUUUGCCAUCUCCUUCAAACAGUAUGUUGGAGGCUUUGAUUCAGGCAGUAGAAGACUCUUCACCCAGGGAUCUUGACUACUCUACAUACUCUGCUGAUACUGACCAGGCAGCUGCCAGCACAGAUAUAGAAUGUAUUCAACAGUUCUACAAUCUUCUUACUGUCUCCAUUGAAAUCUCAAAAAAAUGGGCAGAAAAAAUUCCUGGAUUUAGUGAUCUUUCACUGGAUGAUCAGACAUUACUGAUAGAAAUGGCAUUUCUGGAACUUUUUCUAUUAAGGCUUUCAAUCAGGUCUAAUGUCACUGCAGAUGAAUUUGUGUUUUGUAAUGGACUAGUGCUGCACAGACUUCAGUGCCUUCGUGGAUUUGGUGAAUGGCUGGAUUCAAUUAGAAACUUUUCAUUACAUUUACAGAGCCUUAACCUUGAUGUCUCAACGAUAGCCUGUCUGUCUGCAGUGUGUCUUGUUUCUGAACGACAUGGCCUGAAAGAACCAAAGAAGGUGAAUGAACUACACAACAAAAUAAUGUGUUGUUUAAAAGAUCACAUAGCUUUAAAUAUUCAAAACAAAGGACAACAACUAGAUACUGCAACAGUAUUAAGUGUUCUAACAGAUCUGCGUGCUCUUUGUACAUUGGGACUUCAACGUAUAUUCUACUUGAAGCUGGAAGAUUUGGUACCACCACCUCCUGUAAUUGACAAAUUAUUUCUGGACACUUUGCCUUUUUAAAGAAAUUGAAACAACAUUGAAGAUCUUUCGGAUCAUGAACCAUACAGCACUGAGUUAUUUUUAAAUAUUUUAGUGUAUGAAACACACUGAAUUAUCUAUUUGUAUUUUUCAUAUACAAGUAGAUAAAACCUGAUUUAAAGUAAAUGAGCAUAGCUCCCAACUGUCCCUGAUUUCGAGGGACUGUCCCUGAUUUCAAGGAAUAUCCCUCUGUC